CUAUACAUUUUGUGGACGUAUACAUAUGUAUAUGUAUAUGUCUGUGAAUCAUUCUACAAUUCUAGCGUGGUACCACUCAGCGGUUUCGCUGAGCGUGUAGUUUGUAUUUUUCGUUGACUACACGUAGGUAACAAGAAGACAAUGAUGGAACCAUUCCCGGAGGGCAUUGAGUCAGAGGAGAUGCAAGGAUGGCAGGCAAAUGUUAUGCACGUGGUCGAGGUUCCAUGUCCCGGGGUGGUGGAGGAAGAGGUGGUGGUUGCGAGCUCUAGUCCGGUGGUGGUCGAGGGUUUGGCCGUGGGCCUGGCAGCGUUGGACACAGCAGCAGUCCGGCGAACCCUUCGACUGGAAGCAACAGCGGCACGGCUAAUGCACUCAAUAAUUAAAGAGACAGCCACGCCAUCGUACAUCUCCUCCUCAAUGCCUUCUGGGAUCGGCUCUAGGUUCAUCUGUCUGAUCACCUACGGACAGCAAAAAGGAAAACAACGCUAUCCGCUCAGCAUUGACGCUGAGUGGUACUCCAUUGUAGCACAAGAAUAAACAUAAUAAUUCAACAAUUAAGAUCGUGCAUAUGUUUAUCCUUUUAAUAAAAAUCAAUUCAACUUUACAUUCGGUUCUUUAGACGGUUGACCAACAGUCAACUUAUUUUCUUUCUUUUCAAAACGAUUUAGGUGUUACGG